CAGACGAACUGUUGACGAGUUGACACUGUUGACAGAUAAAUAACCUACAAAGUUUUAAAGUAUCAGAAAUAGAAAAUAAAUAGAUAGUUUUAAUUGCUGUGAAGCUGUAAAAAAUUAAUGUAUAAUGAAAAUGUCGGAGAACGACAAGGAAAACGUGUUGUCCAAGCGGCUAAACAAAAUUUUGGAAAUAAGGCUUGAAAACGAUCAGGAUACACUAGAAGCCUUAAAACAGCUUUCAACUUUUUACACAGAAAAUACUUUACAAGCCCGUCGCAAUUUACGCAGUCAGAUUGAAAAGCGCAGUCUUGACAUUAACGAAAAUUUUCUGGCCUCGUUUCGAGAUGUAAAAGUAUGUUUUGACGCUGUUUACACAGACGUUUUCGAAAUGAGUAAGUCUAUCCAAGAAAUGACCAGUAGGUUACACAAUGCCAAAAUGCAAACUAAGCAACUGUUAGAGCAAACAAAGGCACUUCAGGAAAAUAACGAAAAAAAUGAAAUGCAUCAAAAAGUAGCUACAGCGUUUUUGGAAACUUUUCAACCAAGUCCUCAAGAACUUGCAGCUCUUCAUGGCAGUAAGCAGAAGCGGAAUGCUUCUUUGACAAACGAGAUAUUCGGUGCGUUAGAUCGCGUUCAGAAGAUUCAUUCUGACUGUAAAAUAUUAAUGCAAUCCGGGUACCAAACUUUGGCUUUAGAUAUAAUGGAGCAGAUGACCUUACAUCAGGAAGGUGCUCUAGAGAGAUUAUACAGAUGGACCCAACAUCAUUGCAGAAACGUGGAUAAUCCAGAUAUGACAGAUAUAAUUACUCAGGCAAUGGCUAGACUGCAAGAGCGGCAAGUUUUAUUUAGGUAUAUUAUUGAUGAAUAUUGUACAGCCCGGAGAUCAGUAUUGGUGGGCGAGUUCAUUAACGCUCUAACUCGAGGAGGACCAUCAGGUAAUCCUGCACCAAUUGAGCUAAGAGCACAUGAUCCACAGAUCUACAUAACAGACAUGCUGGUGUGGCUAAACAAGGCUAUUCCUAUUGAAAAACAAAAUCUUCAUCUGCUUGUGAAGUUGUGUGACCAAAGCGGUCUGAGUCAGAUACUAAAUGAAGCAUUAUCCUCGAUAUGUGAAGGCAUUUGCCAACCAUUAAAAAUUCGCAUCGAGAAGAUAUUAAAUGUUCCAACACAAGCUUCUGUGCUCUACGCCGUUACAAAUCUGAUCCGUUAUUACAAGAAAUGUAUCUAUAAAGUGACGGGACCUAGCGUGCUCGAAACAAAUUUAGUAGAGUUGCAAGAACGUAGUGAACAAACCUUCUUGUCAUCUCUCCAACAGCAAGUUAACAAUACGCUAGUUAGAGUAGAAGCGCCGCCCAGAGAUCUUUCGCCGACGUCUGCUGUUAAUAACUUGUUGGCUAUACUCAGAGAUAUGUUAUCUACAGCGAGUAUGAGCGAAGGGCGAGAAAACGACAUGGGAAAGAUUGCUCACUGCAUCAUGGAGCCACUUUUACGGGCAGUCAAUGAACAAGCGUCACGUCUCCCUCCAACAGACAUGGCCGUGUACAUGUUAAAUUGCAUGUAUUCUAUGUACACUUGCUUGUCGCUGUAUGAAUUUAUGGACGAAAGAUUGGAGAGACUACAAGCGCAGUCUGAUGCCCAAAUUGAUACGUUGACGUCUGAGCAAGCUAGUUCUUUGGUAGCAAACCUUAGCCUAGGACCAAUCUACACAAUUUUGCAGGACCAAACGCAAGGACCACUGUCCGGCAUUCCAGGAAUGGAACCAACAAACUUGAAGAAUUUUUUGGCCAAACUGGAUUAUUUGUUAGCGUCGCCAGAUAGUUUGCUUUUACCCCAAAUCAAUUUACUGUCGUCAUCGAAACACAAGAAAACAGUCCAGAAGAGAGCGUUUGAUGUACUGUUGGCCAUCUACAAACAGCUGUAUGAAGGCGUCCAUAAUCCUGCAAAUUUAUAUGAGAAUCCUGAUAGUAUUUUAAACAAAACUCCAUCAGAAUUUAUGAAAAUAAUAAAUUAAAAAAAAACAGAUUAUGUACGUUAAAUAAAUCACUGUUAUGAAU